AUGUCGAUCAACAAUUUUCACCGCCUUUGUACUCUUGCGACAGAAAAUGCCCUUCAGAAAAACAGACUAACUCAGCAAGUCAAAAAGACAUUUAUCAACUCAAAAGGGCGGUUGUGUAUAAUUGACCUUACUGAAGAGAGUGAACCUAAAAACCCUCAAAAAUUUCAGCAACCUGUCCAUCAAAAAAAUCCAGUAAAAAUUGGGACAAGGCUUGAACCAGUACCAACAAAAACAAUAGAACCACAAACAACUGAGGUAUCAAAAUACGUCUUAGAAGCAUAUAAAGACGACUUGAGCCUUUUUCAACAGACGUUUGGAAACUUUCCGUUUGAGACGAACACGAUUAAAGGAGAGCUUCGUGUUUUUCUCAAAACAUACUGCAACACCUUUUCUGAUGGAUUCAUCAACGUGUUCAGUGGGGUCUUUCUGGACAACUUGGUGAAGAAGGGACGGUGUGUGGAGUGCUGGGCAGACGAGUUAAAAAUGAACUUGACACAUCAAGUUCUCCUCACCGUCGCAAAUUUGUUUUUGAAGUAUCUUGAACCUCGGUUCAAACCUUUUGUUGAUGGGAUUUACUUAGUGGAUUACUCUCGAGAAUUUAUAAAAGCAAUCAAUACAAAGGGCUUCAAUGCCCACGCGUUUGUGAGGAAGUUACCAUAUAUGGCAGAGUGGUCUGUGGUGUGCGACUUCACACUCCUCAAAAUAUUGGCGACGUGUGGCAUCGACUUAAAAUUGAUAAUGGAAAACAAGGUCAUUGGAUAUCAACUCUUUACAUUACAACUCACUAAAACACAGCAAAUAUCCUUUAUCGUAAAUCGAAUUUCAGAGUUAAAGGUUGCUUUGUGUGAGUAG